CCUAGAACGAACUGAUCGUUCCUUCUGAUGGGGGUCUGACUAAGUACCCGUGUUUGUCGCUGCGCACAACCUGGGCGGAAUUCAGGAAAUAAUAUUGCGUCCAUCUUCCAUCGUUAUUCCUAUCGUCGAUCUUCUGAUAAUUUGAAGACAACCAUGAAUUAUAGAAGAAUGAACAUUGAAAACUGCUAUCUCAACCGCUAUCGAGUUCGUUAUGGAUGCGCUCCCUGAAUAUAUAACCAGGCGUCCAAAGGCCCUUGGCGCUUUGUCGGAAUGCUGUUUACAAGGAAAGCCGCAGCCAUCUGGCUUUCUCUUGCCUUUCAACGGGUUCUCACUGCACAGAUACCUCUGUCGAGUCACGCGCCUCCAUCCUUUUACCCGGGGGUCGAAAGUGAUCUUGGACAAUGGAACCUUGAUGAAGGACCUGCGGUGAACGCGACAGGACAUCUGGUGUUUGAAACGGCCAAUUCCUUGCUUCAACAUUGGGCAAAUACCCGUCAUCGUAUUGGUCAUACAAUAGUCCCUGGGACUAUUCCCGUAGGCACUAUCCUCUACCAUGGAGCUCUCUUCGGUCCCCAUUUACCGACCGCCGUGAAUUGGGUGUCUGUAGAGCCAGACCACUCCAUACUUUUCUGCAGAGGGAAAAUUGAAACAGGGUGCUGGCACCUCACCCUUGCAGUCACUCGUCCAAUGAAAGUGCUCUAUUUUGAUGGAAACAGCGCUGCGAAAAUUCCUGAAGGCACUUUGGACACUCAAGAUCUCGUGGCAUGGUCGGAAAUGAAACCCGAGUGGUUGUGGAAUGAAGGGCAGCGCAUAAGGGAUCUGUGUAAAUGGGGUGAGAAGUAUGGCGUGAACGGCUUUGUGAGGAUGGAAAUGAAUUUUGAAAUCAUGAUCUGCAACUUCACCUCUCACAUGGAGGUCGUCUCGUUCGCAAAUAUCGAGACCACUCGCUUCUACGUCGAAUGGGAUACGGGUCUGCCAGUGGGCCCCGAUGCUAUGCUUCACGCUUUUGAAUCGGUGCAUUGUGUUUCAUGGCGCGAAAAUUACCCAGGAGAAACCCGGAUUAUGCUUGAUUUUUCUGAACUGGUCUCUUUCUACGACACCGCUCUUGUUCCCUCCUUAGGUGCCGCGCCGUACAGGCUAGCUCAAGCGCUAACACGACCACCCUCGACAACCAGCGGCAUUGACUGGAAAACGGUCUUGCGCGUGGUGGUCGAUCGAUAUGCCAGCCGCCUAGAGUUCAUACAGCACCUUUUGAACCUGACGUUGGAUGAUGGAUCGAUCUUUGACCACACACAACAAAUUCAGAGACAGUUGCGCACCGUACUUUUGCCCUACACUGUAUUUGCAGCUCUGCCUCCCAAUACCUCCGUCACCGCCAACGCGACAAAUUCGUGGGCUGCGCCAGUUUUUCGGGAAUGUGCUGCAUCGCACGCGGCCUCCAUUGCGUAUCGUGGAACAACAUUGACGCCCUCUGAACGUUUGCUCCUGCAGGCGGUGCAGGAAACUACGCAUGAAAUAUGUCGUGUCGUCACGAAGAUGUGGGCUUCCGGAAUGAAUUUUGGAGUCGACGCCUUUUAUCCUCCGGCACAACGCCCUGAAGCUGAUCACAUACAUACUCUCAUAGGUGAAUGGAAGGAGGAUGUGACCCAUUUAAUCUCCUGGUUGGACUGGAGCGUGUGGGUGAAAUGCCGACCGGCCUGUGGUUUCGAGGAGAUGUGCUACUUGCCUACUUGGCCCUUUGGGUUCCCAACAACCCGGCCAGCACAAUGGGACAGUGCUUCCUUAUGGCCAGACCCAGACAAAGGGGAAUGGAAGAGACUACAGCCCAAGUGCAUCAGACGACGGGAGCCAUAUAGUUUUUAGGAUACAUGCACUAUUGCUGACAUAUACACGUUUUUGUAUGUAGUUUUUGUAAAAUUAUCGCAGGGGAGUUUAAGCGCAGACGUAUGUACUUCACUGAGCCAGUUAUUCGAGAAAGAAAAACAAGAAAACCAUUAUGCUAAAAACCAGGGUAUAGGCGUAUACGGUA